AUGGCACCAAACUCAGCAGCCUUAAAGUUCCUUCUUGUUGCAGGCAUUAUAAUAAGUCUAGCUAAUGCUGCCAAUGGGCUUUUAGAAACCGAUAUGACAUUCUACUUACAUGAUGUCUCAGAAGGUCAAAAUGCCACAUUCUUCCCAGUUGCAGGCAUUCCAGGCAAGCUUUGGUCAUCCACUCAAUUUGGAACCGUUUAUGUGCAUGAUGACCCCAUAACAGAGGGCCCUGAUCCAAAUUCAGCUCCAGUUGCACGAGCACAAGGCAUGCACGUUAUUGCAAGUUCCGAUGGAACUAGUUCACUUGUCAUGAUGUCUUUUGUGUUCACUAACGAGGCCUACAGUGGCAGCACUCUUCAGAUUUUUGGUACUAAUAGGCAGAACGAGGCCGUUAGAGAGGUUGCUGUGAUUGCUGGGACAGGGAAGUUUAGGUCUGCAAGUGGUUAUGCCAUGUUCCAGAAAUAUAUCGAUUUUCCUGAUGCCUACUCAGUUAUCCAAUGCUACAUUUCCAUACAUUAUAAUAUAUAA